AUGGUCAUCAUGGCGGGAUUCGAAGGAAACCUCAUUGUGCCAUUAGACGGGGAGCCGGCCGAAGGCCCGUCCAUUAUGGUCGUCUGUGUUGUAGUAUGGCUCGCCUCGAACCUCAUUGCGGAUUCCCUGAUAGCAUUGACGCUAAUCAUUCUGCUGUCGCGGGCGUCGCGAAUGAUACCUUCAGCAAAAACCAGGCUAGAGAAGAUUAUGAUGGUCUGCAUCGAAACCGGCCUCAUCACUGGAUGUGCGGCACUCACCGAGCUGAUAUUCUUCCUUGCAUUUAGAAACAGCUUCCUACAUUUAAUUUUCUUCUUUAUGUUGCCGAAACUAUACUCCAAUUCGAUGAUGGCGACAUUGAACGUUCGUCUGGCCAUUCCAGGUCGCACCUUUCGAGAGAACGCGCAGUGGGAUUGGGCUAAAGCUGACUUGGGGACGGAAGUGGUUUCUCCCCCAGGUGUUCGCAGAGAGGUCGCUAACGUAAGUUGA